AUGCACCUAAAUGUCUACAAAAUUUCACAAAUCAUCACAGAAAGUCUUUUUAGUCUGGGAGUUCUUGCUCUUUCUCAUAAAUCCAAGAUGGCCGUCUCCGUGCAUCCACUCUUGAUUAGCUUCUCCCUGGCCAUUCUGCUGGGUUUGACCUCUCUGGGUGGACUGAACUCUUGGCCAUCAGGUCAGGUUUCGGCUCAGAUCUCUACCAACAACCAGACAACAGAGCCUUCCAUGAUACCGGAGGCCGCGCUGGCAACCCCAACACCGGACGCAGAGGACAAAACAGCUCCCUCUAAUGGUAACCGUUGCUGGGGUUACUAUGAUGUCAUGGGCCAGUGGGACCCGCCUUUCAACUGUAACGCAGGUAUCUACCUGUUCUGCUGUGGCUCCUGCUUCUACCGCUUCUGCUGCCAGUUCAAGAUCCACAGUUUGGACCAGACUUCCUGUUCCAACUAUGACACACCCGUAUGGGCAAACACCGGGCGGCCUGCGGAACCCGUCACAGAAGUCCAAGAGGAACCGGACAAGGAUCGGACCCACAUGAUCGUGUAUAUUAUCUGUGGAGUGGUGGCCAUCAUGGUGUUGGUCGGGAUUUUCACCAAGCUCGGGCUGGAGAAGAGUCAGGGAGGACAGACGGACAUGACCAACUCAAGGACUCUGACAGAGCUUAUGAAGCAGCCAGGGGAGGCAGGACUGGUGGAUGGAACCGGGGUUCAUCAUCCUAUAGGGACCAACGGGAUCUCCGCCAGAUCACUACGCUCCAACAAUGAUCAUAACCAUUUGAACAAUGCAGCCUUGUCUCCCCUGGGACCAGCCAUGGCAUUGUCUCACCCUCACAACAACCUGGGAAUUGGCUUCAACAAGUACACCUCGCUCAAGGCCGUGGACACGACUCCAAGAGACUACUACAAGAGCUACCCAAUGGUGGAUUACACCCACCGCCAGUCCCCUCCCACGUUCCAGCCAAUCAACUUCCACCCCAAGGACAAGCCCUUCCUCCCGCCACCCGACAUCCACGCGCCACUGGCCAUCACAAUCAACGCCUCCCAGAUCCCCAAGCCCAAGAUCUCCAAGACCAACACCCACCCCCUCACCUCCAGCUCGGCCUUCAAAGCAUGGGACCCCAGUAAGAGCCACAUCCAGCACCCGGUGGCCACCCACAUGGGCCUCCAGGCGCAGCAGCAGCACCACCCCAUCCAGCAGCAGCACCACCAGCCGCUGCACCAGCAGAACAGCCGGCGCCUGGCCUACUCCAACAAAAGGCAGUUCAGCAUCGAGACGCUGCCUGAGCUCUUCUCGCAGCCGUUGGGCUACGGCCACUCGCCGCAUGUGCAUCCCAAGCACAAGGGACUGCCCACUAACAGCAAGACGGAGGUCACUGUCUGA